AUGGACGCACCAUGGACGCACCAUGGACUCACCAUGGACUCACUAUGGACACACCAUGGACUCACUAUGGACGCACCAUGGACUCAAUAUGGACGCACCAUGGACUCAAUAUGGACGCACCAUGGACGCACCAUGGACUCAGUAUGGACGCACCAUGGACUCAAUAUGGACGCAUUGACUCACCAUGGACACACCAUGGACACACCAUGGACACACCAUGAACACACCAUGGACACACCAUGGACUCACCAUGAACACACCAUGGACGCACCAUGGACACACCAUGGACGGACCAUGGACGCACCAUGGACUCACUAUGGACGCACCAUGGACUCAGUAUGGACGCACCAUGGACUCAAUAUGGACGCAUUGACUCACCAUGGACACACCAUGGACUCACCAUGA